AGGGUUUCGGCCGUCGCUCCGCCUCUUCUCGGUAGGGUAUUGGCUUCUUCCUCGUGGAUCCCUAUUCUUUGGAGGGAACAGAAGCAGAGAUGUCUGCGAAGGAAGAAAACCGGAUCUUUGUGGGAGGCUUAUCGUGGGACACAACAGAGAGGCGGCUGGAGGCCGAGUUUAGUCGCUUCGGAAAGGUUAUCGAGACUCAAACCUCCUUCGUUUCUUGGCUUUGUGUGAAUAUCAAUCUCCGUUCCACUCUUUUGUGUAUGUGAGGAGGAGACGUGUUAUAUGUGUUCUUCAAGCUGGUAAGCAUAAAAGAAGGUUUGCUUUUUAUCUGGCUAUAUCAGUGAGCAGAUAUAGACACCUCUACUAGUUUGGUCUUUUUGGAGGAUAAUGCCAUCCGCUGCUGUCAUUUUGCCAUUGUUAUGAGCUUAGUGCUGGUUGAUGCCAUUGCAUGUCACUGAUAAGUUGCUUCUUUGAGGCUUGAAAGUCUUUGAGCCUUGAGAUCUUCAUAUGGAGCAGUCAAUCUUCAGUAGCCUGGAAGAGAUAAGUUGGGUUGAAUUGCUUGUUUUGGCUUUUGACAUUGACAGAUAGAUACUCUUCACUAAUAUUACAUCUAUGUCGUACCCUGAUGGCUUGCCCAUUUGAGACAGGUAUAUAAGGUAAUUCACCUUGCAUGCCCGUGGUGGUGAUGUAAGGCUUGUUUAUUGUUUGAUGAGAUGCUUGUUGGCCAAGACACUGUCUGAAAUGAAGUAUAUGUAAUCAAACGUUUGCUAGGUUCUUUCAGUUUCAGCUAUAUUUGUGGAUUAAUAUCAGCACCAUGCAGCAUUUUGAGGAAAGAUUAGGCUGCUUGGUUUAAUGUUCUCUGCUCUGCAUUGCAUAUCAAUGAAAAAUUUUAGUUUUGUGUAAGUCUUGUUUAGUACAAUUAGGCGCUUAAGUGAAACUUGGAAUUGAGAGGGAGUGGAUUUUUUGGAUAAUUGAUUUAUCUAUUAUUAUGCACCGAAAGGGAUAAAGGAUGCAUAAUGUGAAGGUUCAGGUGCAUGCUUGACCAUUUCUUCAGAUGGCUGGCCUCUCUCAGUACAUUGUGAGAAACUCGGCAGUCUCUGAUCUUUCAGCUGAGGAUUUUUAGAAAAUUCCAUGAUGCCUGUUAAACUGCUUAAGCGAUGAAUGGUUUCUUGGCAGCACUGAGUGAUGGCCUUAACAUUCCAUGUGUAUUCAUAAGCACAAUGUGCACCAGGGUGUUUGAUCUUUGUCAUAAUAAAUGUUGCAGACUUGGCACAUUGAUGGUUGAUCAACAUGCGCAUCGAUUGCAACUAUAACUUGCAUCACUUCUUUCUCUGAUGUAUAUCUCUCUCUUUCUCUUUAAUGUUCUUGUUAAAAAAAUUUCCUGUUAGUAUUUCUGGGACUAGGGCACAACUUUUCUCAAUGUAUGCCACUAAAUAUGAACAAUUAUUGACACUCUAAAGGCAUUUUACAAUUUGCUAAAGUAAAACUUAGGCAAGUGAGACAUUGGCCCUGUUGUUUGAAAGGCAAAUUGGCAGUAGAAAAUGAUUUUGGUGACAAUUUGAGAUCAUGGAACUGAGUAAAACUCCACUGGUUGUGGGAAGAUUAAUGGUUAAAUGUAUCCUUGCUGAUUUAGUUUUGGAUGGUAUUUGGUGAAAUGUUGUUUACGGGAUUGUAUUUGAGUUAGAAGAGGAAGAGGAACAAAUGGAACAGAUGGUUGUGUUAUACAAACUGUCAGAUAGAUGCUGUAUUUUUUGUUUGAUGGUAAAAGUUGCUUCAAAAUUGAUCACAGGGUCAGUCACAUCUGAAUUAUGGUGUCUUCUGUAGUCUUUUGAGAGAUCUGAAUGUACCUCUGGAGCUGCUCAACUAUUCAUGCUGCAGAAUGUGAUUCUCUACAUAUUGUUUGCACUAGAUUGCUGCAGUUGUUUUUUCCUAAGCAACAGAUCCUUUAUCAUGGAUUGAGAUUUGGAUGUGGAGCAGUUGUUAGAAUUACUCAGUUGAGAUGUUUGAGCCUGUUUGUUAUGGCUGCUGUUUCUGAAGUUAGUUUCAUUCAGCAAAGGUCGUGUUAAGGUUUGAAAGAAGGUGUUACAAGAAUUGAACCUUUUUAUCCCGUGAAGUGUUAAACUCAUUGUAACAAUAACAUAUCACCUGAGUUGAUGCUUGCUGUGUUUGCAAUAUCAAUUCACCAAUGAUUGCCUGAAUGGUUCUCUAGGACGUUUGUUUCACACCUGUUAUUGUUUGGUCGAAUUUUGCUUGUUACAUGGCCACUUGCUUGGAUAUAAGAUGAAGAUUUUGCUAUUUUCUGGAUAUUCGUGAAUGUCAGAUGUAUAUAUUAGGUAGGAAAAGACACUGCACGGAUUGCUUUAGUCAUAGUAGAUUGUGGCCUAUACAGAGAUCACAGUGAGAUGUCUGAAUGAGUCACAUGCAUGUUCGCAUAACCGGUACAUCCUGUUACUAUCAGGUCAUGCUGGAGAGAGAUACUGGUCGUCCUCGCGGGUUUGGGUUUGUGACAUUCUCUGAUCCACGUGCAGUUGAGGUUUCCAUCAGCGAGAUGCAUGAGCGUGAGCUUGACGGACGUGUCAUUUCAGUGAAUAAGGCUCAACCUAAGAUAAGCACAGAUGACUCUACCUAUGGCUACAAUGGUGGAGGAUACACUCCAGGAAGCAAAGGAGGUUAUCAUGGUAAUGAUGGUCCACCACCCGCAGGGCGCUCUGAUGAAUGCUUCAAGUGUGGACGACUUGGACACUGGGCACGUGAAUGCCCUUCAGCUGGGGGAAGUAGUGGCGGUCGAUUCCCUUCUCGUUCCAAGUUUGGUGGAGGUGGUGGCCGAGGGGAUCGAUUUGGUGGACCAGAUCGCUUGAGUGACCGAUAUGUGGAUGACCGUUAUGAUGGAGACCGAUAUGGGGACCGUGAUCAUAUUGACAGCAGGGACAGUCGAUAUAGUGGUGGUCGUGAUCGAUUUGACAAUGAUCGUGACCGAUAUGCCAAUGAUCGGUAUGGGCCUCCUGUGGAUCGUUUUUCUGGUGAUAGAUAUGGAGGGCGCCCUGAUCGGUACCCACAGAAUGGAUACAGCCGGGAAAGAAGCUAUGAGAAGGAUGUACCUCGUGGUGGUGGUGGCUAUGACAGAGAUGGAGGGUCAAGAGGUGGUGGUGGCUAUGAGAGGGAUGGACCUCGUGGUGGCGGCAGUGAUAGAUACGGGAGUGGUGGGCCUGCACGUUAUGAUGGUGGUGGAAGUUUCAGGAACAGGCCUGGGCCUUAUGAUCGGCCAAAUAGAGGCAGACGUCCAUCAUCCUAUGAUGUUCGCUACUGAUGCUUGUGUUGUUAACAGUCAAAACUGUAUUUGUUUUCCCGAACCUUAUGCUCUGGUAUUUUAGGAUAGCUCAUGGUAACAAUGCAGUGAUUCUGUUAAGACUCUGGGAUUGAAAAUCUAUGCUGUCCAUUUGCUGUGAAAUCCUCUGAAUCGAUCACUUAGCUUUA